AUGUCCGCCCAAGUUCUGGGAUUUUUACGUAAGUGGAACCCUCUCCCCCUGGCAGCCACUCAGGAUCCGGCAGCCGCAGAGAAUGACGCGUGCGCCCCCACAGCCCCGGCCCGGGGCGGGGAGGGCGAGCCCUACAGCCGGCCCCGCGACGCCCGCCUGGGCAGCACCGAUAAGGAGCUGAGGGCAGGAGCCACUGCCACGGGCAGCGCCCCGACAGCGCUGGGGACCCCCUGGCAGAGGGAGCCGGGGGUCGAGGUUAUGGACCCAGCAGGCGGCCCCCGGUGUUCCCCGGUCCAGCUCCCGCGUCCCUGCCGGGUGCUGGUGCUGCUGAACCCGCGCGGCGGCAAGGGCAAGGCCCUGCAGCUCUUCCGGAGCCACGUGCAGCCCCUGCUCGUCAAGGCCGAAGUGUUCUUCACGCUGUUGCUUACCGAACGGCGGAACCACGCGCGGGAACUGGUGCGCCACGAGGAGCUGGGCCGCUGGGAUGCACUGGUGGUCAUGUCCGGGGACGGGCUGAUGCACGAGGUGGUGAACGGGCUCAUGGAGCGGCCGGAUUGGGAGACCGCCAUACGGAAGCCCCUGUGCAGCCUCCCUGCCGGCUCUGCCAACGCGCUGGCAGCCUCAGUGAACUAUUAUUCUGGGUACCAGCAGGUGACUAACGAGGAACUCCUGACCAACUGUACACGGCUGCUGUGCCACGGGCAGCUGGCCCCCAUGAACCUGCUGUCCCUGCAGACGGCCUCAGGGCUCCGCCUCUUCUCUGUGCUCAGCCUGGCCUGGGGCUUCGUGGCCGACGUGGACCUGGAGAGUGAGAAGUACCGGCGCCUGGGCGAUAUCCGAUUCACCUUGGGCACCUUCCUGCGCCUGGCCUCCCUGCGCACCUACCAGGGCCAGCUGGCCUACCUUCCUGUUGGAGGGGCUGCCUCCAGGAUGCCCAGCUCCCCCGCCCUGGACCAGGGGGGCCCGGUGAACACGCUUCUCGUGCCUCUGGACCAGCCGGUGCCCGCUCACUGGACCGUGGUGCCCGAGCAGGACUUCGUGCUGGUGCUGGUACUGCUGCACUCCCAUCUGGGCAGUGACAUGUUUACCGCCCCCAUGGGCCGCUGUGCGGCCGGUGUCACGCACCUGUUCUACGUGCGGGCCGGCGUGUCCCGGGUCAUGCUGCUGCGUCUCUUCCUGGCCAUGGAGAAGGGCAGGCACAUGGAGUACAACUGUCCCCACCUGGUGUACGUGCCUGUGGUCGCUUUCCGCCUGGAGCCCAAGGACGGGAGGGGCGUGUUUACCGUGGAUGGGGAGCUGAUGGUUAGUGAGGCUGUGCAAGGCCAGGUGCACCCAGACUGCUGCUGGAUGGUCAGUGGGUGCGCAGAGCCCUCGUCCAGGCAGGGGCCUCCGCGGACGCCACCUCAGCCCUUGUGA